AUGCACGACGAAACCAAUGAUGAUACAUAUGGCGAUGACUUCGUCAUUAAAUGUGGCAUUGUAUCAGUGUUUCCAGUUGAAUAUAAUAUGGUAUCAGAAGUCUCCGAAACUGAGGAAGACUUUAUGCCAGAUGAAACUGUUGGAGGAAAACCACUAUGCUAUUACAUCAUGAAUAAUGGUGUGGUUGAGGAGCAAAAAUCCAUGUUCGAAAGACCUAGCCCAGGGAUGAUGUAUUAUCUGAAGCCUUUAUUCAUAAGGGCGAAGGUUGAUGGAAUAACAGUAAACAAGGUGUUUGUAGAUGGGGGUGCAACCGUCAAUUUAAUGCCUUAUACCAUAUUUAAGAAAAUGGGGAAGUGUGACGACGAUCUACGACAACACAAUAUGGUUCUAUCAAACUACGAAGGAAAAACCAGUAACAUACUGGGAGACUUCUUAGGUUUCUUGGUGCACAAGAAAGGCACCGAGAUCAAUCAAAACAACAUAAAAGCAAUUUUGGAUCUCAAGCCUCUGCCGACAAAAAAAACUCCAGUCUUUGUUGGGGAAGAUAAACUUCUUGAGAAGAUUCAUAUCAAAUAUAUGACCAUAGGAAGUAUGUUAGCUCAAGAGGAUGUCAGUGGUUUCGGAAGACCCAUAUACUACCUCAGUCAAUUUUUGAUAGAUGCUGAAACUAGUUGGAUUAGAAAAUGGGCACUGGCAUUAACAAAGUUUUCUUUAACAUAUAAGCCUUUGAGGGCUAUGAUGGGCCAAAUAGUAACAGAUUUCAUUGUGGAUCAUGCCAUAGUAGAACCUUCACUAAACAUGGUUGAUACGAACCCUUGGCGAUUAUAUUUCGAUGCAAAAUACGAGGCCCUAAUAGUUGGUCUUAAAAUCUUAAGAGAUUUAGGAGCCAAGAAAAUAGAGGUUAAGGGAGAUUCAGAGUUGGUUAUUAGACAAAUCACACGAGAAUACAAGUGCAUUAAGGAAAAUUUAUUGAUGUAUUUCACAGUGGCGACACAACUAUUGGAAUGCUUCGAGGUCGUUAGCAUUGCGCAUGUUCCAAGAAUGGAAAACCAAGAAGCCAACGAGUUUGCCGAAAUCGCCUCUCGAUACAAGAUAUCAAAAUCAAGACUCAAUGAUAUUAUCGAGAUACAGGAGAAGAUGGUACCGAAUGCCCCGUCGUCACCUAAUAUGGCAAUCCCAAGAAUAGUGGGGGAGGGGGACGCCGACAACAGUUUCAACUACGACGAAGGUAUCGACGAUGAAUGUCUCGAAAAUUUUGCAGUACACAAAGUUUUUUCCAUUGAAAACUUAUCACAAUCAGAUUGGAGAAGACCUAUCAUAGAGUACUUAGAAAAUCCAGUCAGAAACACUGACAGGAAAAUCAAGUACAUGGCUCUAAGUUAUAUACGCCUGGGAAAUGAGUUGUUUAAGAAAACCCUAGAAGGAAUUUUGCUCAAAUGUUUAGGAAAUACAGAAGCCUAUUUGUCCGUAUCUGAAGUACAUAGUGGAGCCUGUGAAACGCACCAAGCAGGCCAUAAUAUGAAAUGGAUGUUAUUUCGACAAUGCGUUUAUUGGCCCAGUAUGUUAAAAGAUUGUAUCGAGUUUGCCAAAGGGUGCCAGGAAUGUCAAAUGCACGCAAGCGUCCAACACGUACCAGGAAUUGAGCUGCACGCAAUUAUUAAGCCUUGA